CGAGCACCGCUGCGCUCAGGGUGAAGCUGCAGCGGCUCGAGUCGACUUUUCAGUCGAGACAGGCAGUGGUCGUGAACACGUGCAAAGCGCGACUUUCUCGUCCGAGGGCUCAUGGACGAUGAUGACGAUGAUGACGACGAUGGUGACGACGAAGAAGAGGACAUCGAUCCGCGAAUACUCGCUCGAAUCAGGAAAGUUCAAGCCCCUGCUCCUGUUUCUGCUGUGACGACGUCGACCGAGAAGGAAGAGGAAGACGAGGAGAUGGAAGCGUACGAAGCAGCCUCGCGGGCUCGCCAAAAGGAAAAGCAGGCCACUCAUGCCAGCGGGCCAGGGAAGGACGACGACGACGACGACUACGGGACAAAGGAGAAGGGCAGCAACCAAGAAGAGGAACGGCCGACGGCGUUGCAGUCCGACCGCUCGCUGCAGGACUCGCUCUCGGGCGAACUGCUGCGCAUGGCGGGCACCCUCAAGGCCAACUCGCUGCGCUUCGCAGAUGCCCUCGAGCGAGACCGCAAGAUUGUCGAGGAGGCCGGCUCCAAGCUCGAAGUGAACCUGACGCUCAUGACGCGCACCCGUGGGAAGCUGGGCGAGUACAGUAAGAAGGCCCGAGGCAUGGGCUGGCUGACGCUGGGAAGCGUCGCCGUCGUUUGCAUCAGCUGGGUCAUCAUGUUCGUCGUCAUCAAGUUGACAUGAGCAAUUUCUAUUCAAAUACGCGGCUGGGUGCUACACAUGGUAC